CCGGGAAACAACUGGGACCAGACAUUUGUCCUCCGAAGAAACUGAAGCAGAGCUACUGAAGGAGGAGGAGGAGGAGGAGAAUGGCGUCGCUGAGAUACACAGCGCUGUCUGUUCCACAGCAUGAGUUUCCAUCCAAGUACGGAAGUUGCAGAAAGCCCAUCACGCUUAUGCCUAGGAAGACACCCCCUUCGCCUGCUGCUUCAUCAUCCUUCCCCAUCUCCGCAGCCUCAACCGAUGCCUCGCCGGCCGCCCCGGAUAAGCCCGUCAUCAAGCUCGAGUUCAUCGGGCCGAAACCGGGGCCGGAUGGGUCGUACCCCUUGGAUAAGGCGGAGGCGAUAAGUGGGGAGAAGCUGCUUCGGAACAUCAUGCUGGACGAUAAGAUUGAGCUCUAUGCUGCCUAUGGGAAAGUGAUGAAUUGUGGAGGUGGUGGGAGCUGCGGGACUUGCAUUGUGGAGAUUGUUGACGGGAAAGAUCUGCUAAAUGAGAGAACUAACACCGAACUCCGAUACUUGAAGAAAAAACCCGAAUCAUGGAGACUCGCUUGUCAAACUAUCGUGGGCAACAAACAGAACUCCGGAAAGGUUGUAGUCCAAAGGUUGCCUCAAAGGAAGAAGUGAUCGAUCGAGGGCAAAGACAUUAGUCGAUCCAGUCGUUGAUGCUCCGCAUCACCCUCUCAUGCUCUAUUCUGCCAUGUAGAGAUCUCGAUACUAUCGCAGUCACAUGCUUCCGUUUUUUAGUUCGUAUGCAGUUACUGUCCGACCAUAUGAGCAAUGACAUUUACGUGUACAUAGAUGCCGGCAAACAUUGUGUACAUUUUAGUAAUCAAUGACUUUAGUGAUGGACAAUCAUUUGGAUCCUAAAUUUGCGCGUAUGUUUUUAUAUGGAAUACGACACGAUCUGGUACAUUCAUGAA